AUGGCCGGACGCCAUCGCCCGGCGCAGACGAGCUCUCACCCAGAAAUGCUGCAGGUGACUCAUUCCCAGCCCCUGUCCCCCCCAGGCCGGCUGAGCGCUCUGUGCUGGACGGAGAUGGCCUGGGUGCUGGUCGCUGCCUUCUGCCUUCUGAGCGGUGCCUACGCCCAGGAGUGGAACGUGACACUCGGACCAGAGCCCCCCGAUGGAUGGGCCACUUCCUGCGUGACCAUCCUCUGCUCCUUCACCUACCCCGCAGAUCAGUGUCGGAAAGCAGCGCUGAGGGAAGGUGACGGUUUUACCCUGCGCUGCCAGGCUGCUGCCCUGUGGCCCGUCGCCAGAUACGUCUGGUCCCGCGGGGACGUGUGGCUGCCAGAAGCCGGGCAGGAUUUACGUGUUGACAAGGCAGCCGUCUCUGACGGAGGGAGCUACGCGUGCGGGGUCUGGGUCUCCGGCCCCGGCUGGGGGUAUCUGAGCCUCUCUGCGAGGGAAUCGGUCGAAGUUCAGCACGCCCCCACAGGUGUCCGUGUUACGGCAGCACCAGGCACCAGCCUGCAGGAAGGGGAAUCGGUGACACUAACGUGCAGUUACACCAGCAGCCUCCCUGCCCCCACCUCCUACGCCUGGUACCGGGGCGACUGGCAGCUGGGGGGAUCCCGGCGGGAAACGGUGAUGAAGAGCAUCACGGUGGAGCAGGCUGGGGAGUAUCGCUGCCAGGCCGACAAUGGGAUCGGCCAGUCCCUGUCCCCCCCCAUCAACAUCACUGUGCGGUGCUGCCAAUGUCUGGGCCCCGGCAUCGUGGCCUGCAUUGUGGUUGCCAUCCUGCUCCUCGUCAUCCUCAGUAACGCUGGCCUUUGUUACCUGCUCAUGAGAGGCUGGCGGCAGGCGGGAGCUGAGAGGGCUGCGGAGGGUGCUGAGUUUUCCCUCGGGCCAGAGACGGAGUCACCCUAUGAGGAACUCCAAGGACCGACCCAGGAUAUUUACAGCCAGUUGGACUCUCCCCGAGCUGGUUCCCACUGAGCUCCGCCGAAAUCCUGACCAGCCGGGGACCCCUCUGCACGGCCGGGACCUUAAACACACAGAGAAGCCAUCGCUCAACGGGGCCAGAUCCCAGCGGGGGUCCACAAGCGCCGACUUUCCAUUGUGCUGGGGGUGCUUGACCCCUGGCUCUGCCCCAGUCCCCAACCGCACUCCACCCCUUCCCUCAAGGCCACACCCUUGCCUCACCCCU